AUGGGAAGAGAAAGAAGAAUAACACAAACCGGAACAAAUGGCAAAAGAUGGAACAGACUUCAACAAGGGUCUUCGCCUACCUCUUCUCCCAACCUAAGCGGAAAUGGUGCCUUACCAUCAUCUUCUUCCAAUUCUCCCAAAAUUCCAGCAGCCGGAUUAGGUACGCGAAUAGGUCCAAGACCUGUUCCUAAAUCAUCUUCUUCCCUUCGACAUAUUUCAUCAAAAGGAAGGACUGUCUCUUUCGGCACACCAAUGCCCGAAAAUAGAGAUCCGAGCGAGCCAAUCCAAUCCAUACACGAUGGAAAGAGUACAGUAGAACGAACAUUUGAAGCUGCUCAACGUAGAGAACGCGAAAUGAUCGAACGUGAGUCCUACUUAGAUUCUGACGAUGAUCAUCUAGAUCAUGCAGAAGAGUUGGAUUUGGAAGGUUCAUCCGUUUAUACCACCAGUGGAGAAAGUGCCAAGCUUCGAAGGAAUAACCUCAAAAAGGAAGUGUUGGGAAAAGACGUUCAAAUGUCUGUAGACAGUGCUAUCAAGUCAUCCAACAGAUCAAGGUCGAAAAGCGCUUUGGGUUUGAGCAGUAGUAGUAGCGAAUCUGGAGACUACGAUGACUACGACGACGAAGGAGAUGCCACUUCUAGGGAUGGCUCCAACAAAGACGUUAACACGCCUGAUGUACGUGUCACUGCGGAUGAAUCUCCUCCAUUGCUAGGGAUACCCAACGGUCUCCAGACACCAGGUCCAAACUUUCCACAAGAUCUCAAUACCCCGCUUGGCACUCCACCGGACCUGUCUCUGGAAAACACAAUCACGCCACAAGAACGACUAGAAUGGCAUACUAUGCUUCAAUCAACUUUACGUUCAGAAGUUUUGAAAUCCGAGACAAAAAGAAUCAUCUCUGCUGAUGCGCCAAAUUCUCAACCAGGACGAAUCAUGUAUCAAAGAUGGCUCGAUAUUCGUGCUAGCUUGCGUGGUAGAGGACAUCAAAAAGGUGCUGCCGACAUCGAAGAGAAACGAUUGAAUGAAGGUUGGCCGAUCUUGCUAAGAAAGGUGGUUGAUGAAGUAAAAUCUUGUCGAACUGCUAGCGAACUCAAACAACCUUGUGAUGACCUAAUGGAUGCGGAUGAAGAGAAGGAUAAAAUCUUACAAGAAGUCGAAAACGUUUUAUCUUCCGUCGAAAGCGCUGAAGAGCAAUUUCCAUCGUACCGAAAGCUUGUUGAGAUUAUGCCUGAAUGGGGACAAGAGAGCUUCCAGCGCAGGUUGGACGGUCUGUACAGUUGGUGUAAUGUCACCAAGAGCUUGCGAUUACAGAUCAAAAUAUUACAGGAAUGGACUGGAAGCCAAUCAUUAGACGUAUUGAGUACGCACAAGCUCCAAGAAGAGGGUGCAGACAAUCAAGGCAACGACAAUCAGACUUUCCGUGCCGAAUUAGAGGAAGGGACAUUCUUAGAGCGACUUCUCAAGGAGAAUUCGCUACAGUCCACUUUCGAAAAGCGAACGCUACGAACGCUAAGUCAACUAAUCAUGAAAGCCAAACAUGCAAUCAUUCACCAUCAUGCAGCAUUUAGCGAAAUGGCUUUGCCUUCAUUUGAACCGGAAUUGGUGCAAUUGAUUAACUUUCCUACCAGAUUGAUGGAAGGUGCAUUACGUGUACGAUUGGACUAUGUCGGAAAGUUGCAAGAUCCCAGUGUGCUCAUUGUCGAUUCGCUUAUUGAUGAUCUGCGUGCUGCCAUUGCCCUGGCUUGUCGUAUCAAACUGCAAUAUUCUGCAAUGAUGGUUCCUCAGCCUGAGCGAGGAUGGGAUCUGCCACCUUGCAUUGGUACAAACUACGACGCAGUCCUUCGUGAAGCAUUACAGUACUUCUUCGAUUUACUGAACUAUAAGCUGAAGGGCAGCCUCUUCUUCAAGGAAACCGAAAUUUUGGAACCUGAAUGGCGAUUCUUGUCCACAGCAGUAGAGGUGAUUGAAGGUGCGGACGUGCUGGUUGCUUGCAGUAUCACAAAGAUCGUUAACAAGCUCUUUAUUCGGAUCGUCAAGUACUUUGAGAGAGAACUUUCGGCGCCAAGCACCCGCAAAUCUGCCAAAGGUGCUGUAGAGGAUGAAAGAUCAGCAAGGCUGAUCGCACCAAUCACAUCACAAAAUGCUCCUCGUGGCCCGCCGGUGGCAGGAGGACUGACAAGGGGAAACGUAAAGAUGACAUUGGACGAAAAGGUUCGAUGGAUCAAACAAGUUUUCGACAGUGUUCGUAUUCGCAGUCGUAAAUUGUUAGGUUUCGCGAGGGAUAUCAGGAAUCGACUGGAAAAUGCAUCAGAGUACGAUUUGAGCACGUUACGAUCUCCGACAGAUUCUUCCAAUACCAACACUUCUAUCCCGCUCGCAAGUCGGGUUACUGCGAGCAGCGAGCGAAUGGAUUUGACGGAAUUCUUGCAAGCUUUGAUCAAUGCAGGAUACUUCUUGGUGUUAACGGGAAGUUUUGAAGCAGAGGGAACCUACUUGAUCGCUGAACCCAGUCUGCACGACAAGCCCGAAUUGGUGCAAAAGCUGUUCACCAAAUGUUUGCAUCGUGUACGUCAACACGAUGAAGAUUCUUUCCUUGCCACAGCCGCAGGAGAAGCAUCACAAAUGGCAAAGAAGCAAGGUACAACGACUGUUGCCGCUUCAAAUUUGGACGAAAGUGGCAAAGAGGAAGAGUUCGAUCAAGCAACGAUGGGACUCAAGAAUCCUUUGGGAAACACAAAAGACUCCACGAAACCAGAAACGCAAAAUGCUGACGAUGAAGAACCUCCUCGCUAUCUUUUGAUUUUGACACCUCGUGAUGCAUUCAUGUGGACCGGAAAAGUGAUGAUGCUUGCCAUGGAAAGGAUUGAUGUAAAUCUCAAAGAUCGUCGUUUACGCUUGAUCGCUGAUGGACCUGAGCGAAGGCUGGAGAUGUGCAAGAAACAUCUUUACAGCGUUUUUGGUGCUGAUUAUGCAGCCGUCAGUCUACAACAGGAAGAUGAAGACAAUGCGGAAGAUCAGCGAUUACAACGAUCAAAGCGACGCCCGAGUGUGGUAAAGAAUGGUACUGCAUUCCCUCUCGAAAUUGUUGACGAAAGCUUGGCACAUAUGAGUACCGUUCAAGCAGAGUUGCGCAGGAUCAACAAAGGUGUUUAUAUACUCUCGGAUAGUAUCAAUCGUGCUGUCCCAAAGAUCAGACGUAACAUGCGAGGCCGUCGCAAAGAAGAGCAUCCUGAACAACAACAAGAGAAGCAAGCACCACAACUAGGAUCUUCCAGCGAAGGUAGAAUCGGCAGAAGCAAAGGUGGAGACUGUGAUGAUUUGAUCCAAAAUUGCUUUGCAAUGGCAGCUGAACAAGGUUUCCGUGCUAUGCCGUUCAUUGAAUCAGCCCGUCUACGUGGACAAAUGACGUUGGCUUUAGCUAGCUUGGCGAUCGAUUGGGUUGCUUUCAUUUGCGAUGAUUGUGAACCUUCGGAUCGAAGAACGUUCAAAUUUGCCGUCGCAGCUUUAGAGAAUGCGAUGCACAUCACUCAAUCAGAUUACAUCUUUGAUAUCAAUGAAGAAGAUUUCAUGCUAAUGCGAAGCAAGGUGGCAAGCUGUGUUGGGCUUUUGAUCAGUCACUUUGACAUUCUUGGUGCAAGAAGUAGCGUUGCCAAAGCCAAAGAAGAGGAAGAACGCUUGGAACGUGAGCGUGCAGAACGCAGCAAGGCUAUGGAAAUGGCAGCGGGAAUGGGUGAUACUGAAUCAAGAAGCAUUGCUGCUAAAUUGAUCGCUGGCAGUGGCGGAGCAGGAGCUCCUCCGAUGUUGGGAAGAGCAGAUAGCGGAAUGCAAGCAACGGAAGAGAGAUGGGUUCAAAAAGUGAUGGAAUGGGAUGAAGCUCGUCAUACGAUCGAUGCAGAACAAAGGUUGAUCGGUAGAGUUUUGGAUGAUACCAGACUUGAAGAUCAAGGGUUACAAUUCUUAGCAUCAUCUUCUAGCAGGAUUCAAAUAAGGUGGCAACAAGGUCGCUUUAUCGGUGGCGGUACAUUUGGAACAGUCUAUUUGGCUGUCAAUCUAGACUCAGGAGGCUUGAUGGCCGUCAAAGAGAUACGAUUCCAAGAUAUCAGCUCUACGCCUGGAAUGUACAAACAGAUCAAGGACGAAAUGAGCGUGAUGGAAAUGCUAAGCCAUCCAAACAUCGUUGAAUAUUACGGAAUAGAGGUUCAUCGCGAUAAAGUGUACAUCUUUGAAGAAUAUUGUCAAGGCGGUAGUCUGGCGCAAUUAUUGGAGCAUGGACGAAUCGAAGAUGAGAUGGUGAUGCAAGUGUACACCUUACAAAUGCUUGAUGGUUUGGUCUAUCUACACUCCAAAGGCGUUGUCCAUCGUGAUAUCAAACCAGACAAUAUCUUGUUAGAUCACAUGGGUGUGAUCAAGUUCGUUGACUUUGGUGCAGCAAAGGUACUCGCAAAGAAUUCACGUACGAUCCAGCGAAGUCGCAGACCUGGUAAAGGACCUCAAGCUAUAACGGGAAUGUUAGGACCCGAUGGUAAGCCUCAAGCUGCUGCUAGUUUGCAGGGAACUCCGAUGUACAUGUCACCCGAAGUGAUCAAAGGAGAAUCUCGCGGUCGUCGUGGUGCGAUGGACGUUUGGAGUCUUGGUUGCGUUGUGCUGGAAUUCGCAACCGGAAAGAGGCCAUGGAGUCAAUUAGACAACGAAUGGGCAAUCAUGUUCCAUAUCGGAAUGGCACAGCAACAUCCACCUUUACCUGAACCCGGCCAAUUGAGCGAUUUAGGAAUUGACUUUAUCCGUAAUUGUUUGGUUAUUGAUCCGUACGAGAGACCUUCUGCUGCUGAGAUGAGGGAGCAUGAUUGGAUCAAGAAUUUGGUCGAAGCGCUUAAUGCAGCAAACGAAGAGGAAGCAGCGGCAAUGGCAGCAGAAAUGUCUGCAAGUGCGGGUCCAUCUACUGGAACAGGAUCAAACUAUCAUGGGACAGGUAGCGCAACGGCAAGCUUGGCCUUGAGUGGAGAAGGAGUUGCACACAGUAUGAAUAGCAGUAAUUCCACUUUCUCACGUUCUUCAUUGGAGUCACCUAAUCCGCUUACGGCAAGUAUUGGUGGUAAAAGACAGCCUUUGGCCACUCCGAGCACGGCUGCCACGACAAAUGUUGGUCCGUUAAGCUCAGAAGAUUCCUUGACAAACAAACAAUCAUUCUUUAACGAUGAAAGUGCUCAGCAGGCAAUCGAAGAAAAUGAAGCAGAAGAGUCGCCCGUCCAUCGUUCAUGCCAUCCAAGUCAUUCACACCCGGGCUAUGAUGCACUCGUAGCAGAUUUAGUCUAUCGAAGGGAAGAAGAAGAAACCCGUAGGAUGACAUCAUCCGAUAUGUAGUCCUCAUUUGUUUAAGUAUGAUGUAUUCUUUUUAUAUACUCUUUCUUACACUUGUACAUACAUGAUCGCAACUGUAAUUAAGUAUUGAUGAUAUCG